UCCCACCCCGCGCGCCCCGCGCUCCGUCCCGUCCCGUCCCGUCCGGCCCCGUCCCGCCAGCCAUGAGCUCCACGCAGUUCAACAAGGGCCCCUCGUACGGGCUGUCGGCCGAGGUCAAGAACCGGCUCCUGUCCAAGUAUGACCCGCAGAAGGAGGCAGAGCUCCGAAGCUGGAUCGAGGGACUCACCGGGCUCUCCGUCGGCCCCGACUUCCAGAAGGGCCUGAAGGACGGGAUUAUCUUAUGCACACUCAUGAACAAGCUCCAGCCGGGCUCAGUCCCCAAGAUCAACCGCUCCAUGCAGAACUGGCAUCAGCUAGAAAACCUCUCCAACUUCAUCAAGGCCAUGGUCAGCUACGGCAUCAACGCCGUGGACCUGUUCGAGGCCAAUGACCUGUUUGAGAGCGGGAACAUGACGCAGGUGCAGAUGUCUCUGCUCGCCCUGGCGGGAAAGGCCAAGACUAAGGGGCUGCAGAGCGGGGUGGACAUCGGCGUCAAGUACUCGGAGAAGCAGGAGCGGAACUUCGACGACGCCACCAUGAAGGCCGGCCAGUGCGUCAUCGGGCUGCAGAUGGGCACCAACAAAUGUGCCAGCCAGUCGGGCAUGACCGCAUAUGGCACGAGGAGGCAUCUCUACGACCCCAAGAACCAUAUCCUGCCCCCCAUGGACCACUCGACCAUCAGCCUCCAGAUGGGCACCAACAAGUGUGCCAGCCAGGUGGGCAUGACGGCUCCCGGGACGCGGCGGCAUAUCUAUGACACCAAACUGGGAACCGACAAGUGUGAUAACUCCUCCAUGUCCCUGCAGAUGGGCUACACCCAGGGCGCCAACCAGAGCGGCCAGGUCUUCGGCCUGGGCCGGCAGAUAUACGACCCCAAGUACUGCCCACAGGGCACAGUGGCCGACGGGGCUCCCUCGGAUGCUGGCGACUGCCCGGGCCCGGAGGAGGUCCCUGAAUAUCCCCCUUACCACCAGGAGGAGGCGGGCUACUGAGGCUCCCAGCAC